GUCUACACUUUUUUUUUUUUCCAUCUCCCUUUUUCUCCUACGGUUGGGUUAGUAUCUCGAUUAUGUGAUUGUUAUUGCUGUGUUUCGACAAUUCUAGAAACCCAACGGUUCAUGCCCUUUGCAAUCUCCUCUAUCGAUUGAUUUGAUGAGAUCGCCAAAAUUGGUUUCUUUCGGAUUUUGUUUUUCGGGUUUCGUCAUUGGGUGGCCCUAUCGAACGUCAUCCUCCUACAUAGUCGAACGCCACACCCGCGACGCCUCCUGGGCUUGCCUGGUAUCCACUCUUCCGAAUCCCCCAAAUCUCCAAUUGCAACACGAUUUCUGCACUCCAAUUUCUCCAACCAUGGAGUCCCCGAUACCCCGUGUGGAAAAGUUAGGACGCUCUCAAUUACUUCCUGUGGAUAAUCAAUCAAGUUACUGACUUGACUUGGACACGUCAACAGAAGGGACUUGACUACUUCCCACUACCCAGACGUUGAGAUAAUGUCACCGAGAAAAGGACCGUCCAAAUCUCCAAAUCUCCAUAUCUCCAUCUACUCAGGCAUUGUGGGUAUCAACCCGAUUUUAAACCCAAACACACGGCAAUUGAUUGGGGUUUCCAUUCACAUAAAUGGAUCUUUCAGGGGAUUCUCCUUAUGGAAUGGCACCGCUUCAGUGGUAAAUAUCUGGGUCGUUCUUGAAAAAAGGGUCAAACCGUUACCAACGACGUCAUUUCUUGGCCAUUUCUCCAUCCAACUAAGAGUUUAAAAAUCAACCAGAAAAUUUUCGAAUAAUGGACCACAUUCUAUGGAUCCUUGGGGACUCCAGAAACUCCAUAUGGAGGCUAGUUUGAAAACCACUCCAACUAUUGCCCUUUGCCUUCCCCUGUCGUGAAUUCCUUGUGACCUUUUGGUCCUGGGAUUACCACAAAAUGGCAGUGAGCUUUCGCUGUCGGAAUGAAAGAGUCAGGAAGAUUCGGCCUACCCCAGUCUCAAAACUUAAUUUUUUCACUUCAAGUCUAGCAUCAUGAUCUGACACGAGAAAUAACAAGGCCGAGCAGCGAGCAGAUGCCCAUUCGGUUCUAGUCUCAUGGUUAGACUAGACGUCACAUUAAGAUAUAUUUACAGCCUCCCUUCCUCUUCAUCCGAUUUCGUUUCAUCCGUUUUACCUUCAUCAGUUGUCUUUCUUAUUCUACAUACAUUUUACUUUGGAAUACACUUUAAUUUCUAGCAAAGUCGAUCUCACAUUGUGUUCGUCAACCACCAGUGAUCAUGGCUCGCUUUGGUCGCAAUGGCAAUGGCGGUGUCGAUAAUAGCCAUCCAUCAACUGUUGUCAACUCAGGGAAUAACUCGAUGGAAGCUACAACUGGAGCAAGGGCUUUCAAUGCCAAUUCAGAAAAGGGUGUUCACCAAUACGAAAAUCUUCAUGUUCCUUCCGUUACUCUGCGCACUAUAUUCAUGACCAUCUUGGUUGCAAUGGGUGGAUUUAUCUUUGGUUAUGAUACUGGACAAAUUUCUGGUUUCUUGGAGAUGGAAGUUUUCCUUCAGAGAUUUGGUCAACGAACUACGAACUUAGUAAAAUAUCCUACUGGGUACUAUUUUACAAAUGUGCGAUCUGGAUUAAUUGUUGGCUUGUUAUCCAUCGGUACCUUGAUCGGAUGUUUGAUUGCUGGACCUCUUGCCAAUAGAUUUGGACGCAGAACGUGUAUUCCACCUUGGUGUAUGGUGUUUUGUGUCGGUGUUGUUGCACAAAUGGCGGUUGGCACUGGUGAUUGGGUAGGAAUUGCAAUGGGAAGAUGGUGUGCUGGUUUGGGAGUUGGUGGAUUAUCGGUCCUUGUACCAAUGUACAUGGCUGAGACUUCCCCUGUCCCUGUAAGAGGAGCCGUCAUUUCAUGUUACCAACUCUUCAUUACUAUCGGAAUCUUCACCGCAGACUGUAUCAACUAUGGAACCGAAGGAUUUAGCAGCACGGCAUCUUACAGAAUUCCCAUGGGCGUUGGAUUUAUCUGGGCAAUUAUCCUUGGCGUUGGAAUCCUCUUCCUUCCGGAGACUCCCAGAUACGAUUUCAAUCAUAACAAUGGCACAAAGGCUCGAACCACCAUGGCUGGCUUCUAUGGCGUCGACGAAAGUCACCCAAUGAUUGAGACCGAGGUAGCCGAAAUCGAGAAAGUUCGCAUAGCAUCCAGCGGUAAUCACCCAUGGUAUGAAGCCAUCACCGGCCCAAGAAUGCUCUACAGAGUUUCUCUUGCAAUGGCAUUACAAAUGUUGCAACAACUCACCGGUGCCAAUUACUUUUUCUAUUAUGGUACUACUAUCUUCGCUGGCGUCGGUAUCAAAAACUCCUACGUUACUGCUAUGAUUCUUGGUGGUGUAAAUGUUGGAGCUACUUUCUUUGGUGUCUAUAUGGCUCGUCAUUUCCGUCGUCGCGAAUCCUUAUAUAUCGCUGCUCUAUGGCAAACCAUGUGUUUCCUCAUCUUUGCAUCUGUUGGACAAUUCCUGUUCAAGGAUGCUGCAGAAGGAAGUGCCACAGCUAAAACUGCUGGAAGUGUCAUGAUUGUCUUUGCUUGCCUCUUCAUCGUUGGUUUUGCCAGUACAUGGGGACCCCUUGUCUGGGCAUGUAUCGGUGAAAUGUUUCCAUACCGAUACAGAGCUGUCGCAAUGGCUUUCGCUACUUCGGCAAAUUGGUUCUGGAACUUUAUGCUUGCAUUCUUCACCCCAUUUAUCACAAACGAUAUUCAAUAUGCAUAUGGAUACGUCUUCGCUGGAUGUAAUCUUGCAGCUUUCUUCGUCGUUUUCUUCUUCCUGGUCGAAUCUAGUGGAAGAACUCUAGAAGAAGUCGAUGCCAUGUAUUUAUUGGAAGUCAAGCCUAUUGGAAGUCAUGCAUACGUCUUUGACGCUGCCACAAUGGCAACUUUGGGUACGGAUAUUAAUACCGACGCUAUGAAUCUGGAGACAAGAAAUGGUAAGCUUCAAAAAGUCAAUGAAGCUGGCCAAGGUGGAGUUUUGCAUGAUGAGGGAAUUCCAGCUGGAAAUCAGUCUCCCAAAUAUUAAGCCCAGGUGAUGGAGGGGCACCUCGAAAAUAUGAGCAUUCUACUGCGGUGCAAUGUUCGGAUGAGUAUGAUGAGAUGACAUUCUUCUUAUUUUGUAUAUAAUCACCUUUAUAUGGGUUGAUGGUUAAUCUUUUUUGCGAUGCAUAGCGUGGGUCGGACUGGGUAGAGUUUUUACAUUUGUAUAUAUGCCAUCAUGUCGUUAAUUGAUUAAUGAAUAAAGACAUCUUAUGUUCA